GUCGAACAAUUUAGGUCGGAACACAACACACACAUGGCGCACACACGCGCACUUCGAACUUAAAGCUACAGAAAAUUUAUCACAUCCAUUCCUCUCUUCCACUUGAGAGAGAGAGAGAGGGCGAGCUCUGGACGGGGAAGCGGCGGCGGCGGCGGCGCAGCAGAUCGAAUCCGGGCCGUGCAGCUCGCGCGGGACCUUCGUCGAUCUGAGGGAGGACAGGUGGGCCGGGCCGGGCCAUGCGCCGGUGAGGUGGGUCCCACUUGGCUCUAGAGUAGAGAGCAGGUAGGUAGGAAUGGCCGCGGUGGCGGCGAUGGAGAGGUGGCGGGCGUUGGUCGUCGCUGUGGUCGUCGUGGCGGCGGGGGUGGGGCAUGUCGUCGCCAACACGGAAGGUGAUGCUCUGUAUAACCUGCGACAAAGUUUGAAAGAUACUAACAACGUAUUGCAGAGUUGGGAUCCCACUCUGGUUAAUCCUUGUACAUGGUUCCAUGUUACAUGUAACAAUGAUAACAGUGUAAUUAGAGUUGAUCUUGGAAAUGCACAAUUAUCUGGUGUAUUAGUGUCCCAGCUUGGGCAGCUGAAAAAUCUCCAAUAUUUGGAGCUUUACAGCAACAACAUAAGUGGACCAAUACCUGCUGAACUGGGCAACCUAACUAGCCUUGUCAGUUUGGAUCUGUAUCUUAAUAAGUUCACUGGAGUUAUUCCUGACAGCUUGGGGAAUCUAUUGAAGCUUCGCUUUCUUCGUCUGAACAACAACAGCAUGUCGGGUCAAAUUCCUAAAUCCUUGACUGAUAUCACUACCCUCCAAGUACUGGAUCUCUCAAACAACAACCUCUCAGGAGCAGUUCCAUCGACUGGCUCUUUUUCGCUCUUCACCCCUAUAAGUUUUGCGAAUAAUCCACUUCUUUGUGGUCCUGGUACUACAAAACCCUGCCCUGGGGAGCCUCCUUUUUCGCCACCUCCUCCAUACAUCCCUCCAACACCACCAACCCAGUCAGCAGGUGCCUCUAGCACUGGAGCUAUCGCGGGUGGUGUUGCUGCUGGUGCUGCAUUGGUUUUCGCUGUUCCUGCAAUUGCAUUUGCAAUGUGGCGACGUCGUAAACCUGAAGAGCAUUUCUUUGACGUACCUGCCGAGGAGGAUCCUGAAGUUCAUCUCGGUCAGCUUAAGAAGUUUUCAUUGCGAGAGCUUCAAGUUGCAUCCGACAAUUUUAAUAAUAAGAACAUUUUAGGAAGAGGUGGUUUCGGAAAAGUAUACAAGGGGAGACUUGCAGAUGGUACAUUGGUAGCAGUGAAAAGACUAAAAGAGGAGCGUACCCCUGGUGGUGAGCUUCAGUUCCAAACAGAAGUUGAGAUGAUUAGCAUGGCUGUGCAUAGGAACCUUCUCCGACUUCGUGGUUUUUGCAUGACGCCGACUGAACGAUUACUGGUCUAUCCAUACAUGGCUAAUGGGAGUGUCGCAUCACGCUUGCGAGAGCGCCAGCCAUCUGAACCACCUCUUGAUUGGGAUACCAGAAGACGGAUUGCACUUGGAUCUGCAAGAGGACUCUCUUACUUGCACGAUCACUGUGAUCCAAAGAUCAUCCAUCGUGAUGUCAAAGCUGCAAAUAUUCUUUUGGACGAGGACUUUGAGGCAGUCGUGGGUGAUUUCGGGCUUGCCAAACUUAUGGAUUACAAGGAUACCCAUGUAACAACUGCUGUUCGUGGAACAAUUGGACACAUUGCUCCUGAGUACCUUUCCACGGGAAAAUCCUCUGAGAAGACGGAUGUUUUUGGCUAUGGGAUCACGCUUCUGGAGCUUAUUACUGGGCAGAGGGCAUUUGAUCUUGCUCGUCUUGCAAAUGAUGAUGAUGUUAUGCUACUUGAUUGGGUGAAAGGGUUGUUGAAGGAGAAAAAAGUGGAGAUGCUGGUGGACCCAGACCUGCAGAGCAACUAUGAAGAGACCGAGGUGGAGUCGCUUAUCCAGGUGGCGCUGCUCUGCACGCAGGGCUCCCCCAUGGAGCGCCCCAAGAUGUCGGAGGUGGUGAGGAUGCUCGAAGGUGAUGGCUUGGCAGAGAGAUGGGAGGAAUGGCAAAAGGUGGAGGUGGUCAGGCAGGAGGCUGAGUUGGCUCCUCUUCGCAAUGACUGGAUUGUUGACUCCACAUAUAACCUCCGCGCGGUGGAACUGUCUGGCCCAAGGUGACAGGCAGCACUCAGCCGGGCUUAGACAAAGAUCAACAAUGCACUAAGAUGACAAAAACGAAAGAUCAACAUUUCAUCGGCUCAUCCAGUCUAAUUGUGGUUUGUGUAUAUGACAGGUAGCUUGUCUUGUUUAGCGACAAUUUAAGGGUGAAAUUCUUUUUCCAUUUCCUCAGUAGCCUCAGGAAUUAUGUUAGGCUUCAGUCAUUUGUUAAGUUAAAAAGUACUACUCCGUCCGAUCCAUAUUAAUUGUCUCAAAUUUGCCCAAAUAUGGAUGUAUCUAUGUCUAAAAAGCAUCUAGAUACAUGUAAUAUUUCGACAAUUAAUAUGAAUUGGAGGGAGUAUACAUUUUGUGUGCAAGACAUCUUUGCAGUGAUAUGAUGCUGGAGGUAAAUGCACCGUCGGUCUAUUAACUUGGCACGUAUGUGCAGAUUAGUCAUUGCACAUGAAAAACGUUAUGAAUA